CAUCAGCAUACAUUUUCCUGUUUCAAUGCAAUGAAGUAGCCAUUAUUAUUCUUUAUAUUGUGGACAUGUUAUACAUUUGGAGAGGAAAGAUGCUCUCUUGUGGUAUAAGCAGUCUGAUAUGUCCACAAGACGUAUAUAGAAAGCUAUAGGCAACUCUUAGGUAAUCCUAUUAUAACUGUGAAGAUGCUGACUACCACACCUGGAGUUGUGAGUUGGAAUCCAGGGUGUGCUGAGUGACUCCAGUCAGACUUUCUAAGCAACCAAAUUGGCCUGGUAGCUAGGGUGGGUAGAGUCACAUUGGGUUAACCUACUCGUGGUCGCCAUAAUGUGGUUUGCUCUCAGUGGGGCGCGUGGUGAGUUGUGUGUGGAUGCUGUGGAGAAUAGCGUGAAGCCUCCACAUGCGCUAGGUCUCCGUGGUAACGCGCUCAACAAGCCACAUGAUAAGAUGUGCGGAUUGAAGGUCUCAGAUGUGGAGGCAACUGAGAUCCAUCCUCUGCCACCCGGAUUGAGGAGAGUCACUAUGCCACCAUGAGGACUUAGAGCACAUUGGAAAUUGGGCAUUCCAAAUUGGGGAGAAAAAGAGGAUGAAAAAAGCUAUAAUAAUAAAUAUAUGAUAAGAUAAUAAAUAAAUAAAAGACAGCACUUCCAAUCCAUAAUCUUCAAUAAUAAUAUACAACUCUCUAGUAUAUAACAUAGAAGAGCUCGAUUUCUAUUUGAAUAUAAUUUCAAAGUCAAAUGAACUAAAUCGACCAACAUUUUUGCAGCUAAUAUAAACGGCAUGACAAAGGUCAAAGAAACAAUCUGAUAAUUCUUUCCAAAAUCUUUGAGAGUAAGUAGUAAAACAAUAUUUCUCCCCUUUAAUCCUCGGAUGACAUCAUGAGGAGGAGUGAGCCUGCCGGGAGAGACACAACGCCAUUUUCAGAUGCGUUUGCGCUGAGAUCCGAGUGUUUUGGCAAACUCUAUCGUCCUGCAAUAUUGAUAAUGUGACUAUUGAUCUAAUGUUUCUGCAUUGCGCUUUGAUUUGCUCUCCUGCUGUCAGUGGCAGGAACUUCCGGCGAGAAGACCGGAGAGAGGACGCACUUACACGCAACCGGUCCGGCUGCCCGAUUCCAGCCUAAAAUCCUCGCAAUAAGUCCACGGAACGUUAUAUUGACUUUGGGUUUCGUGGAGCGACACGGAGAAACUAACCCUGUUACGGUAGUGUGACCUGGAUGUUCUGCAGAACGGAUGCGUGAGGACAUGUCGAGCAUGGUGUGUGUGAAGGAGACGGAGGGCCAGGGGGACCCUGGCGAGAAGCUAUCUCAGGAUGAGCUCCUGUGUCGAACCCGGGAGGUCAUGCAGGGACUGGAGGCGCUCCGUGCCGAGCAUCAGGCCAUCUUGGAGGGGCUGAUGGGGACCUUGCACUGCCUCAAACAGAGCCAGGAGGGUCGUGCUGUGGAGGAGAAGACGACCAUGAUCCAACGCUCACUGGAGAUGUUGGAGCUAGGCCUUAGCGAAGCACAGGUGAUGAUGGCUCUCUCAGGGCACCUGAGCGCAGUGGAGGCAGAGAAACAGAAGCUUCGAGCACAAGUGCGGAGACUGUGUCAGGAGAACCAGUGGCUGAGGGACGAGCUGGCGGGAACCCAGCAGCGGCUGCAGAAGAGUGAGCAGAGUGUGGCCCAGCUGGACGAAGAGAAAAAACAUCUGGAGUUCAUGAACCAGCUCAAGAAAUAUGACCAGGACCUCAGCCCAUCAGAUGAUAAGGACUCUGAUACCAGUAGGGAGACACUGGAUGAUCUUUUCCCGGAUGAGCAGGAUGAGCCGGGCCCUGGCAUCCAGCCUCCUCACAGCAGUGCAGCAGCAGCAGCGCAACAGGGAGGGUACGAGAUCCCUGCUCGUCUCAGAACCCUUCACAACCUGGUGAUCCAGUAUGCUUCACAGGGAAGGUAUGAAGUGGCCGUGCCUCUCUGCAAACAGGCACUGGAGGAUCUGGAGAAAACCUCUGGACACGACCAUCCUGAUGUAGCCACCAUGCUCAACAUUCUCGCCCUUGUUUACAGGGACCAGAAUAAAUACAAAGAGGCAGCAAACCUCCUUAACGAUGCACUGGCCAUCAGAGAGAAGACACUGGGCAGAGAUCACCCUGCGUUUAUGUCUUGCCCUCUCAUCAGGACCAGCAUCCCUCAGUUCUCUGCAGAGGUGGCUGCCACACUGAACAACCUGGCCGUUCUUUACGGCAAGCGAGGGAAGUACAAGGAAGCAGAGCCUCUGUGUAAAAGAGCACUGGAAAUCAGAGAAAAGGUGCUGGGAAAGGACCAUCCUGAUGUUGCAAAGCAGCUAAAUAAUCUGGCCUUGCUGUGUCAGAAUCAAGGCAAGUAUGAUGAGGUGGAAUACUACUUUCAGAGAGCCCUGGAGAUCUACCAGACCAAACUGGGCCCCGAUGACCCCAACGUGGCCAAGACCAAAAACAACCUGGCUUCAUGCUAUCUGAAGCAGGGGAAAUUUAAGCAGGCAGAGACUCUAUAUAAAGAGAUCCUCACCAGAGCCCAUGAGAGAGAGUUUGGCUCUGUUGAUGAUGAGAAUAAACCCAUCUGGAUGCAUGCGGAGGAGAGAGAAGAACACAGCAAGCAGAAGGAUGGAGAGUAUGGUGGCUGGUACAAGGCCUGCAAAGUUGACAGCAGCCCCACAGUCACAACCACACUGAAGAAUCUUGGAGCUCUCUACAGGCGACAGGGCAAGUUUGAGGCUGCAGACACUCUGGAGGAAGCUGCUCUGCGCUCCAGAAAACGGGGUCUGGACACAACACAUAAGCAGCGUGUGGCAGAGGUGCUGGGAGACCCUGAAGUACGAGAGAAGCAGCGGAGCCGUGAGAGCAUCAACUCUGACACGGUCAAGUACGAAAGCGGCCCAGACGGAGGAGAGGAAGUGAGUAUGAGCGUGGAGUGGAACGGGGACGGCACUGGCUCACUGAAGCGCAGCGGUUCCUUUAGUAAACUACGGGCUUCGAUCCGACGCAGCAGUGAGAAACUGGUCCGCAAGCUCAAAGGAGGCGGCUUACGAGAAAAUGAACCCAAAAUUCCUGGCAUGAAGAGGGCGAGCUCUCUCGGCGUUCUCAACGAGCCGGAUAAACCUGUGGGGGAGCUCAAAGAGCGAAAUAAUCAUCUAAGAAAAGGGCGGGACCUGAGUUCCAGUCACACUGACCUGGCGCAUUGAAGGUCUGCUCUAGGACGCCCUGUUGUAGAGAGGUACUAGGAGGCCUCUGAUGAGACGUGCAGUUCUAUCAGCCCGGAACUGACGGGACUACCUUCUCUGGAGGUUACUUUUGCUUGCUCAAGUCUUCGUACAUGUAUUUAAUUUCUGGGAAGCUUUACAACUCUAGCUGUAGAAAUGACAACUAAUAUAACAACUGUCAAAUUAUUUUCUCAAUCAGAACCAAAGUGCACAACAAAUAUGAGAGUAUAAUGUUCAGCCAUCAUGAACAUAAUUCAGGCUCAGGUUGAGGCUGACACUCUAAUUGCAUUUGGCUGCUUUUUAUUUAUUUUAUUAGUGUUCGUUUUCUGUCACUGACAACCUAAAUGUUGUUCAUACCUUGAGUUACACCAGAGGACCACAAUGUUCUAUACAGUUCUGUCACUGAAUUAAUCAAACAAAUUACCUUAAUACAGAAUGAACUGCACCGUUUUUAUGAAGGUUUAUGUUUACAUUUGGUGGUGGUUCAAUGAUGCACAUUUUCUUUUACUUUUUGCCUUUGAAAAGUGGGAGGAGGUGUGUUAGGAAUGUGGAUGAAUACUUUCUCAGGACUGAAAGAACAGAUAUGGUAUGCAAAGUAACACUGCACUUUGAGUGAUCUCAUAGGAUAAUGUUACACUUGUCAAUCCUUUUUGCCUGUUACAAAAUGAAAUUGAAAUGUUUACCUGAGUUUUAUCAGUAAUAUCAUUUUGAUCUGUGGUUUGGAUAGACGGAUAGAUGCUUUCAGUUGAUUUAAGGGGGUUUCCUUCAAGACCUUAUGGCACUUUUGUCCCUGUGGACUUUUCGUAAAUAAACUCUUAAAUGCUGUGACUAGAUUAUUUAAUUGGUAACAAUACAUGCAUCCCAGGAAAAAUGUCAUUUUUUGCCUUUUAUUUUUUUCCCUGUGAAUCAACAAGUGUCCUUUACACCACAUCUCAAAUGAUAUGUACUUAUUUUUGCAUUUUAUUGCAUUCUGUGGUGACUUCUCUGUCUUGCUAUGGCUAAUUUCAUAGCUAGCAUUUUAUGUACUAAUUGCACAAUAUUUCCACACUUUUUGAACAGUUUAGCAAAAUUACAGUACAGUUUGAUUGGAAAUGAGAUGCAAUAUAAAUAUACUUUUCACAAAUGAUAUUUACCUUGAUUCACAAAAGUUUCUUAGACCGUUAUACCAUUACCUUCAUAUACAAAAAAGAAAAAUAUGUUUUUUUUUUUUUUAAUCAACCCAUGGGACAUAAAAGUGCCCUUAGUUGAAGAAACAAACUUAAAAAAUUGGAUUGACUAGUUUCACCUCUCAGACCAGCUCUUUGGUCUUCUCAAAUCAGAAUAUUUGCAAUGAGGUCUGCAUACUUAAAGCUGAAGUAUGUAAUUUCCAGUGGCGGGCCGUGCAUUUUAAGUCUAGGCCUUCAGUGUGAUUCAUGCCAUUAAGAAAACACAGUUUCACAAUGAAUAAGACACCCUAUGUCUUUGGGCAUCAUACAUUAUGUAGCAGCUAACUAGUAAUACCAAUUGACAUUUUAAAAAUACAUCCACGCACAAAAGCCAGAACUUGAAACGACACUUAAUGCUCAAGCAAGACUAAUUUUAACUGCAGCAUGACUGUUUUGUGAAAUGAACGUCUCCUGAACAGACAUUCAAAAUCAUAAUUUUUCAUAUGAAUCUACCAAGGAGGUCUAUAAUACCUGGAAAAAAUCUAUCUAAUGAUAUUUGCGAUUUAAAUGUUGCUUGCAAUAAAUUUCGUUUCGUCAGGGUACAUGGUUAUGCUGCAUUCAAUUCAAGCUGGAUGUGAGAUAUUUCUACUUGAUAUCUCCGACCAUAAAUGCAUUCCAUUCCCCGAUAUUCGGAACUGCAAUGCUCCCGUUAGCUUAGCAGGGGUUUGACUCUCAUUAGAGAUGUCUCCUAGCAACCCAACUGAUAAACAAUGCUGCAGCGCUAGCAUUUGUGCUUCGGGUGUACGAUUAUCAAAAGAGAUUAUAAUGUUUUAUACACAUGUUUCUGCAGACGUUUGUUAAACAAGCUUUAAUAUCAUGUAAUGUGGAAACGAACUCAUUUAUCGAUAUUACUUAAUAAAGUGAAUGUUUAUCACUUACUUUGUAUAUCUCCCUGAGUGUCGACAUGUUUGUGUGACAUCAUGCCCCUGCAUCUCAGCGAAAUCGAGUUGAGAAUUUCUGCAUAAGCCUACAAAUUGUAAUUCUGACAGAUGCAUUCCUUUGCACUUUUCCUAGUAGGAAGUUGUAAAAUCUGACUUUCCGAGUUGAAUGGAAUGCAGCACUACUUUUCAAAACUUGAUCUGACACUGAAUGUUCAAGCAGCCUAAUUUACACUUAGAAAACUCUUGAUAUUUCUAUAACAAUGCAAAAAGCACUUACCAAUUUACUUUUAGUGAAAAUCAGUCCUCCUUUCCUGUAUAAUAAAUUCAUGGUCAUGCAGAACAUCUCGUGUUUUUAAAUCCAUAAGGAUCUCUUUCUCAAUGGCGAUAGCAGCAGUAAUGACAGUCGACUGCAGGAUCUCACACUUGCUUUCGAAUUACGGCACUUAAAGCGUGAUUGCGUCACUCAAGGCCAGCUAGAAUGCCUCGACUGGGACAUAUCCUACCCACCAAGAACAAAUAAAUCAAUCUGAUUGGCUGAUGAAUCUGACAAUCUGACUUUAGUUGCUCAUUCAUUUGCACUGUUGAGGGAUUCUGUAGAAAUUCUGAAGGCCUGACCGGGUGGAGCUCAAAUUCACACGCUGCUUUGGGCAUGUGAUUUGUGAAACAGUUGUCACACUUUGCUUGUAAGCAUCAAGGAAUACAUUCUGACUGGAUAAACUUUUCGUUUUUCUCUAUUUGUUUGUAGAUUAAUUAAGAGUGGAAAGCGAUUAAAAAUACACAAGCAAAAAGGUGAUUGAGAAUGAAAGGAUGAAAUAUAUUUAUUUAUUUGGCAUGUUAGGCCAGCAGAGAAGGCUUUGCUGGCCUUGAGAAUUCACCACUGGUCAUUUCUGAUGUUUUCAAAACAGCUUUCUGAAUAUGCCCCUCAUCAAGAAGGGUCUGUCUGUGUCCUGCAAGAGGAGUACAAGACACGCCCACUUCAAGUUACGCCCCCUUCAAAAAAAGCAGCGAAAUGCUUGAGUCUUGCAACAGUUUGAUGUCACAUUCAUACAUUGUGUUUGUUGUUUAUCUGGAGUCCCGCAGCAACCCUACACCUACAUCUACCCCUAAACCUAACCACAAAGAUUUAAACAUACAUACGUUUAUAAAAUUAUUAAAUAUACCACAACUUAAAAGUUCUAUUAAAUACAAUCAUACCGCCGUAUCACUAGGUGGUGACCGUGAGAAGAAAUUUGAUGAAAAUGAAGAGAAGAAGGCUGUAUUUAAACUCCUUUAGAAUACCCGAUCCAGCGAAUUUAGAUUAAAAUAACACAAACAUUAACCAGUUUCAAACAAAAAGCCAGGGGUUUAAAAUUAUUUUUAAAAGUUAAUUAUAAUCAUUAAAAGCUUUUAUAGACUAUGGAGAUGAAGGGAUGUCACAUGUUUUUGCUUAUAGAAACAGAUUGCAGUUGCAGCUGGUUUAAUUUACACUAAAUUACACUUGGCAAAUCUCCAUAUUUGUGACGUAUGCUCCGGUUCCGGUCCGCUUGGCAGUGAAGUGUCCAUCUGUUGAACCCUACGGAAACACCCGUUCCGAAGGGCCCUUCGAAGCAGCUAUUUGUGAGCCCUUCGGUUUGGAAUGACCCUUCAAUAUGGCAGCCACUAUUGUUCCCCCUUCGAAGUGCCCUUCGGAGGUGGAUUUAUCCAGUUUGGAACGCAGGGUUCGAUUCAUCUUCAGUUGAGCAAACGGUCAAAUAGCCCUGCCCCAGUUAACACCAUUGGUUGAGUAAUGUUGUUAGGGUGGGUCUAAACGGGUCACUCAAAACAAACAUGAAUUUUUAUAGCGCCACAGAGACACAGUGUUUACAGUUUUCGAGAAAAUUAACCUAUAAAUGGCUUACUUAUAGUUGUAUUGGGAUAGAAGUUCGUAUUUUAACAUUGAAAAAGUUACAUACUUCAGCUUUAAUAUUACAAGUUGACUACAAGAAUUUUGUCUUUGUCACCUCAAUCUUUCAUGUGGUAAAGCAACAUAAUUUUAGUACUUUUACUCCAGAUAAAAAAAAUAAUAAUAAAAAAAUGCACUGGAAUAUUACAAAUGUACGUCUAUCCCCAGAUGUGUAACUUAACUGCCUGUUUGAAGCGAGCAUGCUUUGUGAGUGCCUCAGGCAGGUUCUUACUUAUGAAUGUACAAGCGGGUUAGCUAAUUUUGAGUGUGUGCAACAACGGGGCAAUUUGAGCUCUGUAAGGUCAAAUGUUGGUCAAAAUGCUACAAAGUAGAUAUUGAUUUUAAAAAUUGUGGUCAAAGUUAUGUAUCAGUAUAUGAUUUCUUAUAGGAUUUAUGCUAAUAUAAUGCACUGAUAAAUGCUACACUAUGCUCAAAAGGUCUUCUUGAAGUAGAUUUCUAUUAUGUUUAUUGUUACAUAUUUCAGCUCUAUGGCCAUGUAACUCUUUAACUUUGUAAUGAGUGUAAAAAUGUUUGUAGCUUUUCCAUACAGUAAUUGAUUCACUUUGCACAUAUAAGUGUAUUUUGCAUGUUAAUUCUCUGUAUUAGGCAGCAAUACAUCAACAUGCAAUAGGGUAGCUGCUCUGUGUUGGCUGGAAUUGAUUGCGAAUGCAGUGUUUUACUGACAAAAGCUGGAGUGUUUCUGUGUAUGUACUCUUAAUGAAUAAAUAUAUAAUUUACAUAUUUUGUACAAACAAUAUUCAUGUUUUCAGCCACUAAUUUGAACUUUGCUACACUUAUUCUUAUGGGACUAAACAUGCCCUGCACAUGUUUGAGAUUCAUUUUCAGACUGUUUAAAUACACAUUUUAACUGUUGAUCAGUUUGUGAUAAAUUUGGUCAUCAAUAUGUUAUUUAUGGCAUUCACUCCCUGAAGUCAGAGGUUUUUAACACUCAAUUAAUUCGCAAUUGUAGUGCAUGUUUUCAAAUAGAACAAUUUGUUACCCUAAAGUGCAAGAUAUGACUCAAUUUAACUUACCAAAUGGCAAUGAAUGAACAACAAAAUCAUUCUGAAAUUAAGGAAAAUAACCUCUGAUCAUGUAACAGCAGGGACUGAUAUGGCCUGUAUUAUAUAACUCUGAGAUAUUUAUUUUCAUGUUCUGGUUAAUGAUGUUGCAUUCCUACUGUCUGUUUCUGCAUUCUCUCCUACUAUUUGUGGUCAUUAAUGUUUUAUGUGUUUGUGUGUGUAUCCUAAAAUUCACACUGGACUCAUGUAACCUCCUGUUCUCAGGCUGCCCGCUGUGCUGGCUACACUUCAUUUACUGCCGUGUUUGUGGUAAUGUUUUUGGCUCUCUUGGUAUCGUAUGGUAUAGUGUACGGUAUAGUGUACAUACUCGAAUAAAGACAACAAAAGUACUCUGUUA